AACCGGCUUUGUUAGUGAGCAUGUCGCUAGAGAAGCGAACGGUGUCGCGGUCGUCGUUCAUACAAAAACUGAAUCACUUUGACUCAUCAAUUGUGUGUUAGUGUAGUUGAAGUAGUUUUGACUGUGAUAAAUAGUUUCUUUUUUUACAAAUUUAUACAAGAUGAAUACGCAAAAGGAAGUCGGGGUCGGCGAUUUCGUACUGCUCGAUAAAAUUGACAUUGACAAUUUUAUGCAAAAUUUGGAAAUUAGGUUUAAAAAUGGUAAAAUAUACACGUACAUCGGAGAAGUAUGUGUAUCAGUAAAUCCGUAUCGUACCAUGAAUAUCUACGAUACCAAUUAUAUUAAUCAAUAUAAAGGUAGAGAAUUGUUUGAAAAUCCGCCUCAUAUAUUUGCAAUCGCGGAUGCCUCGCAUAAGGUCAUGAAGCAGCAGGGUCGGGACACGUGCAUUGUAAUUAGUGGAGAGUCGGGUUCUGGUAAAACGGAAGCAUCGAAAAUUAUAAUGAAAUAUAUCGCCGCUGUCACAAAUCAAGGUGGCCGCAAGGAAAUAGAACGAGUAAAGAACGUACUUAUACAAUCGAAUUCAAUAUUGGAAGCGUUCGGAAAUGCGAAAACGAAUCGCAAUGACAAUUCGUCCAGGUUCGGCAAAUACAUGGACAUUCACUUUGACUUUAAAGGCGAUCCGAUCGGUGGCCAUAUAAAUAAGUAUUUGUUAGAAAAGUCGCGAGUCAUCUACCAACAGCCUGGAGAGCGAAAUUUUCAUUGCUUUUAUCAGCUUUUAACAGGAGCAACUGAAGAUAUUCUCAAGAAAUUAUCUCUAAACCGAAACGUGAACAGCUAUUACUAUAUACAACAAGGACAAGCGUCGAAAGUCGACUCGGUAAACGACAAAACCGACUUUAGAGAGAUGUCCUCGUCGCUAAGCACACUAGAAUUUACGCCCGCCGACAUCGACACUCUUUGGCGCGUCGUCGGUGCAAUAUUACAUUUAGGCAAUGUAGAGUUUUUGACUGACGGCGAUAAACUGAGAAUCAAAGAUUCGAAGGUGUCCAAAAACGUGGCCUCUUUAUUAAAGGUACCUGAAGAUGAGUUAAAUAAGUCACUGUGUGAGCGAGUUAUAGCCGCUCAUAAAGAUAUCAUGAGAAAAGAGCACACGGAGGAGGAGGCGUUUUACGGCCGCGACGCUCUCGCCAAAGCGAUUUACGAUCGACUGUUCACGUGGAUCGUCGAUAAAAUUAAUGCCGCCGUGGCGGUCGAUACGAACAGUCAAAAGAGUUACAGAAGUUCAUUAAUCGGCGUUUUGGAUAUAUACGGAUUCGAAAUUUUCGACAAUAACAGCUUCGAACAGUUCUGUAUCAAUUAUUGUAACGAGAAAUUGCAGCAAUUGUUUAUAGAGCUCGUAUUAAAGCAGGAACAGGAAGAGUAUCGCAAGGAAGGGAUCGAGUGGCAGGAUAUCGAUUAUUUUAAUAAUCAAAUCAUUUGUGAGCUAGUGGAAGCUCCGCAUAAAGGAGUUCUGGCGAUUUUGGACGAGGCCUGUUUAAAUGUAGGUAAAGUUACUGACGAAUUAUUACUCGAUGCGAUGGAUAAGAAGUUGAAGGAUCAUAAACAUUAUACUUCGAGGCAGUUGAAACCAAUGGAGAAGAGUUUGAAGCACAAGAUUAAUUUCCGGGUUACCCACUACGCGGGCGACGUCGUAUACAGCAUUAUCGGAUUCAUGGACAAAAACAAAGACUCUUUGUUCCAAGAUUUCAAACGUCUACUAUACCAUUCUUCCGAUCCGGUCGUGAAAGCGAUGUGGCCCGAAGGAGCUCAACAUAUAUCAGAGACCACGAAAAGGCCUCUUACUGCCGGUACGCUAUUUAAGAAUUCCAUGAGCGCCUUAGUACAAAACUUGGCCAGUAAAGAGCCGCACUACGUUCGGUGCAUUAAACCGAACGAAAUUAAAUCCCCGACAGUUUUCGACGAGGAACGGGUACGGCAUCAAGUGAAUUAUUUGGGGUUGGUGGAGAACGUUCGCGUGCGCCGAGCGGGUUUUGUGUACCGACAGCGAUACGAUCUCUUCCUUAAGAGGUAUAAGAUGAUAUCGCAGUUUACGUGGCCCAACUUUCGGUCGGGCAGCCCGAAGGACGGCACCAAAGUGAUUAUGGACGAGCACGGUUUUGGCAACGAUGUUAAGUAUGGGUACACGAAAAUAUUUAUUCGGUCACCUAAAACGCUCUUUGCGUUGGAAAAUGCGCGGAAUGAGCUCAUUCCCGGUAUCGUAACUCUUAUUCAGAAAGUUUGGCGAGGUUACCAAGCGAGACAGUUGUACAAGAAAAUGAAAGCACUAAUAGUCAUGGUGAACGCGUACAGGAAUAUGAAAUUACGAAAGUACAUAAACACGUUGCAAGGCAAGUUUUCGGGGGCGCGUAACAUGCGUGACUACGGCAAGAGUAUACAGUGGCCUGCGCCCCCUCGCACUUUACGCAGUAUCGUCGGCAUACUGCGGGGGGCAUUUAACCGCUGGCGCGCCUACAUGAUUUUAAGCAAGAUACCGAAGAAGGAGUGGCCUCAGUUGAAGCUUAAAAUCAGCGCGGCGUGCGUGCUCAAUAACAAGCGCCUGUACUGGGGCCAGAGUCGCGAGUGGCUCGGCAACUACUUGGCGCUGCACAACGAAAAUCACAACUACACAACGUUCAACCAGAGCGUGAACAACUUAAAAAAUAGCCAGCACUUCGCGAACGUUUUGUUCUCGUCAUUUGUGACGAAGUUUAAUAAGUUUAACAAGUGCGCCGAAAGGGCGAUGCUCGUGACUGACCAGCACGUCUUCAAAUUAGACAAUGUGAAAUUUAGAAACAUGAAGGACGGCGUCGCGAUCAAUUCAUUAACCGGAUUGAGCGUCACGCCCGGUCAGGAUCAGCUCAUUGUUCUGCAUUCACCUGGUGGGAAUGAUUUGGUUAUUUCAUUGCAUACGUCGGCCAAAGAAGAUCGGCUUGGGGAACUGGUUGGGGUUUUGUGCAAUCAAUAUGCAAGAUUGAAAAAUUCAGACUUACCUGUCACAGUCAAUAAAGGUUUCACCUGUUCGCUCGGAGGCAAGAAGCGCCACAUAAACAUACAGGUUACCGAGGAAGUUCAGGAACCUUCGUUUAAAAAGGACGGGAACAACGUUGCGUACUUGCUACCCUCAAAUUACGCCCUCCUUGAGAACGGUAGCAGUAAAAAUUAGCGAACGUAGUUGUCUUGUAGUGCUUCCAAUUUUGUUUUGUUUACAGUAUUUUAUUUAACCUUCCCUGUUAGUGAGUGUAAUUUUACCACAUUGUCCUUACAACCACCUUAAUCCUUUUGUUAAUGGUGAGUUACACUAUUGCACCAUUAUUAAAAACAAAAUCAAUGUGUUUGAUACGUAUCUUCGGCAUCCAGGUAGCAUUUAGUCUAAUUGUGAUAGUUAAAAAUGUUGAAAUUGUGUCUUGUUGAGUGCCUUCAUCAUUGCAUAAAAUGUAAUGCCUUCGAGAAAUAUUUAUAUUAGUAUUAAUUUGCAUGGCAUGUAGUUUAAUCUGUUACAUAACAAAGUUCACUUUUAUUAAGCCUUUAUUAAUGCAAUUUUUAAUCAUUUGAAAUUCGUUGCAGUGGUACUUAAUGUGAUCUCUAAAAUGAAAAAAGUAUUCUUUUUUGCCUGUAAAUAUUUUUGUAUUGUUUAUAUUAUUAGACUAGUUUUAAUAAGAUUGUCCCACAAUAUUCAUUGGUGCUAAUUGUUUUUUGCUACUGCCAUAUUUAAUUCCGCGGUUGCAAUUUAUGCCAAUUGCAUUAGGAAAUUAGUAUUCAGUUCUAGCUUGGCUAAGACUGCAUUUAUGGCGCGAAUUUAUUACCAGGAUUUUUAAUCCUUAAGCAAAAGGUUGUACUUAUAUGUUAAGAGAUAUUUAUACGUAUGUUUCGAAACAUUUCUUUGUAAGAUUUUAGUGCCAUUGUUUAUUUUUGUAUACAUAAAUAAAUGUUUUAAGCCUUU